AUGGAAAUGGCUGAAGGUAGGUUUACACCUUCUGCAGACAAAUCAGAACAACUGGAAAAGAUCUGGCAACUGAACCAGCUAGCAAGAGAUGUGCUUCUGAAAAGUGAUAAUGAAGAGAGAGUGGAGUAUGUGCUAAGACUGAUCUCUUCAACAAGAGAGCUGAGCGGAUCCCUCAGCCAACACCUGGGGAGCAUUACAGAAAGCCUUCAAGACACUUGCCACUUGCUGAGUGUUCUCCAUGACAAACACAAGGAAUUGACUGCGAGUCCAGGCAACUUUCAUAGCAAAAUUUAAUCGGUUACCUAUUUUUUUUUUCCCUCAGAGUACAAUGACAUUAUAGAUUGUCUGCAAAAAAUGAAGGGUUAUUUGACAAACACAGUCUCACACCUUCAAGAGGCCAAAAAUAAACUUUAUGCUGCUAGCUGCAAACCAGAUGAUUCUCAGAUCCAGACUGCUCAAAAUACUUCUGGAGAAACAAGUGUAUGUUCUGAAGGAGAAGCAAUGGAGUCUGUGCAAGCAUCUUCUAGUCCCAGUCAGCAAUCCCAAAAAACUCCUUCGCCAAACAAGACAGAAAAUCAGAACAUUAAUCAAAUACAGCCAAGUGACACUAAAACUAUGGCAAAAGAAAUAUUUGCAUCAUCAACUGAAAAUGUAUCUGCUCAAGAACAGGACAUUAGCAGAGAACCUCCAAUGAAAAAGGAAGAGGGUGAAUACAGACUGCUAAUGACCUCCACUCCAGAGAAAAAGGAUAAUAAUGGGAAAGAUAAACCUCUCAGAGAUAGCGCUCUUACAGAAAAAUAUUCAGAACUGGCUUGUCAAGAUGCUCUUAAGGGUACUCGAGAAGGCCUUCCAUCUCAGACAUUGACAGAUAUUUACAACAAAAUUGUCACAAGUCCUUGUGAAGAGGAAAAAAAGGCAGUAGUCAUAGAACCACCAAAAGAGGUGGAAAGUGAAGAACACAGACUGUCAGAGCAAAUGGAAGACAGUAAAAUGAAAACAAAUUAUGAGAUUUGUACGAAUGAUCUAAUUACUUUCACAUCUUUAGCACAAACAUGUGAUCUUGCUGCUGUGAAUACUUCUACAAAUGAUUCAGAAGUGGAAAAAUCUAGGCACUGGAUGAACAAAGAAUUUCUAGUGGAAGAGAGUGGUAAGAAUGAACGUAAAGUAGUUUGUUUUAUUAAAGCCCCUGCAACUGCUCUGGAGAAUCUGACAUGUAAGAUAGUCAAUGACACUAGUUCCUUGGUGGUUGAUGAUUCCGAGGAGCUGGUCAGCAAUGUUAUCAGUAUCGAAUGCUCUGAUAAUGAGAAAACAAUCCCUUUCCCUAUCAACAUUGCAAUCCCGUUUACUUCAUGCUUCAGAGGAAAUUAUCGGGAGAUUAUGGUAAAGGUGACAGAAGUGAACUUUCAAUCAAAUUAUUUAACUCCCAUUUCUUUGGAGGGAUACCAAGGAAACCAUAAGGAAACAUUUGCGGAAGUGAAAGUUUACCAGCUGGGUGUUUUCUCUGUGUUGUCAUGCUUAAAGAGAGAAACUUUUACUGUUCCGAAGGUAGGACUCUCACAAAAGCUGAGCAUGGAUUCUAGAAUCUCUUUCUAUUAUCCUCCAGAAACAUUCAGUUCUCCAGCAGCCAUGCAGUUAAAGGUUCAGCCAAUUGAACCAUCACUGAUUUCCACACUGAAAGCAAGAAAUGAUAUGUACUACUCAGUGGUAUCCACCAGUGCACUGGUUUAUGUCCAGCAUCCUUCAGCUCAACCGUUUAAUAACCCAGUCACUAUUACUCUACCCUGUCCUCCAAACCCAGAAAAAAAAAGGCAAGGAGAUGAGACAGAACAAGUGAGAGCCAUCAGUGCUACAGUAAAGAGGGUUGCUGCAGCAUACCAUCCUCGGGCUACAAGUGCUUCUGUGAGAAAGAAUGGAGAGAAUCUCAGCGAUUCUUUGAAAUUAUUAGGUCAUAGAAACAAAGAACGGGAAUGGAUGGUGUUUGAUGAUAUUAAUAUCCAGAAUGCACGGAAUGGGCUUGUAUCAUUUGAACUAAAUGAACAUUUAGAAAGCUUUGUGGUCAUUCGGCUUUCAUUCCUCUUGGAAACUAUGUAUCUUCUCCUUUUUGCUCAGGCUCUAGAAGAAGCUGUUUGUAGCACAAUGUCUAAUGUGAUAUUGUAUCGGAAAAGAGAAAACCCAAAUCAAACAGUAGUCUUACUAUGUGCAUCCAAAGAAUUGUCGUGGGAGCUACAAAAUCUCCAUGAGGAAGGCUACUUUGGUCCCCCAGAACCUACGCAACAGUUUCCAUUAAGAGAAGGAGAGCAGAUUCAUUUUCAAUUUACAGGCAAUAUAUUUGCUUCAGAAAAUGGAAUAGAUUUUGGAAAAUCCUACAGGCUGACUUUUCAUUCACAAAGAAAGCCCAAGCUAGAGCUCCAAAUUAAAGAAGUGGAUGAGUUUGGUAACCACAGCUCACCUCACUACAAAGGAACAGCUGUUUUUUAUAAAAUUACCAGAGAGAUGAUAACCAAGGAAUGGAAACAGCCCUUGCCAUGUGCUGAUUACCAACACCAGUCACCACUGUGCAAAUUAGCACUAACAUUACCAAAGCAUGAAAAGUUGGUCAACCGUCCACAAAGCACAAAAAGAAUUUCUUCUGAUUCAUCAGAGGCCUUAUGGGACAGCUUGCUCUUUUGGCUUGCAGAAGAGCUUGCAGAAGAUAAUACACCACUGCUUGCUUUACGCCUCCCUGUUCGGCGGAGCGUACUUCAGCUUGUUAGGCUGAAGUGCCCCGAUAAUUUAACACACCAGAUCUAUGAGCUUCUUUGCUGCUGGCAAAAGACCCUUCCGAGGUCGGCUGAUAAACAGCAGCUCCUGUCUCGCUAUUUGCAGAAGAGCGGCAGAAAGGAUCUUUCAGAAGAACUUUGUUGUAAGUGGCAAAAUAAAGUGUUCACUUGA